CCCCCCCCCUACACAACUGAACGCAGCAGCGACAUGAGCCAUCCCGCCCGUACCAGCUCGCUGCCCUACGAGCCGCGCCGCAAGCCUGAGCGUCCGCUCCCCGCGCCUCCUCCCGAAGAAGACGUCCCGGCGCAGAACGCUUUUGAGAUCGUGCAGGGGUUCACAUCGCCACCGAGCCCACCGAAGCAAUCAGCGAGGCGGCUGCACGAUGACGAAGAGUUGAGUGAGCGCGUCGGGCAUCUAAAUAUCGACGGCGCCCCGCCUCCGCCUCCGGGUCCUCACCAAAGCUCGGGCGCGCAGAAGGCGGCACAACACCUCAAUCCGUUCCACUCGACGCUGCCGAGCACCGAGUUCACACCACCCACCAUCCUCACCCCUCUGCGCGCGCACUACCUCAAGAAAGCGCUAGUGAACCAGCAGAUCCACUAUGAACUGGACGUGAUUACGGACCCGCGGCUCGGCGCGAACGCGCUCGGGCUCCUUGGUCAACCGUUCGUGCUGCCCGAGAGCGCGCGCGAGGUCGCGGACGCUGAGAUUGGUGACCUCCCCUUUAUCCGCUUCAUGUUCCACCAGUUCCUUCUUCCGUUCCCCUUCCUCGCCGCCGCGCCACCUACGUUCUGGAGCCACAAGGUCCAGCCGUUCCUCUCCUCCUUCCUCGCGACGACGGGCGCGAGCCAGCAUGCCACGACAACGCCGCAGGAGAAGGAGGUUAGCGAGAGCCUCAUGACCAAGGAGGAGAAAAAGGAGGCCGAGCAACGCCGCAAACUCUGGACCAAGGUGGAGAAGCAUCUGGGCCUAAUGAUCAGUGUAGGCAUCAAGCUCACAAGCGGCGAAGAGGUCGUGCGUAUAGGCCAGAGCGAGCUGCGCCGCAUAGAGGAGGCGCAGGAGGCGCGCAGACGCAAGAUGGCCGAGAAGGCGGGCGCGCCCGUCGAGAUGUUCACAUUCGAUGUCAACGUCGUCGGCGUUCGCACCGUCAAGGAGCGCGGGCAUAUGCGUAGCAAGCACCAUGAAGAGUUUAUCAUUCGCACACAGCGGACCGGCGUCAGUGACAUCUACGUUUCUCGCAGAUACGGCGACUUCCGCAGACUGGCCGAGGAGCUCCGCAUCCAUUUCCCAGAUCUCCUGCUGUCCAAUCCGCCGGCAAAGGACAAGAGCGUGACGACUUCCGCACCAGUCCAGCAAGCUGGAUACAGCUACUACAAUCCCUUGCGCAUAAUCUACGGGAGCGGGACAGCGACGCCGACCGAUCCGCCGAAGAGCGGCACAUCGUCGCCGCGCCCCUCGCUUGACGAACCGAGAGCCAGCAUCCCCGUCCCACUUUCGCGCGAGAAGAACCGACUCACUCUCCGCGCUUAUCUCCAGAACAUCCUGUCCAUGCCCGAGGUCGCCAACUCGCCCGUCAUGCGCUCCUUCCUCCUUUCCUCGCCCAUCGCCCUCACUCCGGGCGAAUCGAGCGACGUUCAGCGUCGCAUGGAGGCCGACGCUGUGCGUGAGGAGGGUCGCCGCCGCUUCAGGGAGGAGGCCGAGCGCCGCGUUGAGAAGCUCCGCGAAGGUCUGGCGCAGUUCAAGGGCGACAUCCUUACGCGCGAGGGUGGGCUUAAGAGUGUGUUCGAGGUGGUGCGCAAGGUCGAGUUCGUCGAGGACCUCCCGCCAGCGGAGCGCGCCGUGCUCGAGUGGGGACGCAUCUCCCUCGCGGCCACCAUCUUUCAACUUUACGUGGCUUCGGACACGGCGUCCGAAGCGUUUGCAGGCCUCAAGCGCAUGCACGGCAUCAUGCCGUACUUCAUGCUCAAGGGUAUCCUCAAGAUCUCGAAUCCCAUAGCGAUGAUCCGCGGCGUACUGGAUCUCUUCCUCGCGCGUCCCUUCGGCGGGCAAAGUCUUUUGCAGCGCAUGUUCUCCCAGUCACUCACUGAAGACGUGCGCUAUCUCGCUGAGGACAUUCAGGCAGUGCAGGACAAGAUUGACGACCCCGUGCUUUGCCAGAAGAUCGAGCAGUAUGUCAUGGCGCCGUUUGACAUUCAAGAGAUCUUCCGCUCCGACGCGGUCGCCGAGAAUCUCGACUUGCUUGUCGUCAUUCUCAGAUCGCCCGACAUGCCCGCGCUCUCACGCCCGCAGAUGCAGCGCGUGUUCCGCGCAUCAAGGGCGUACCGGGAAUACAAGACGUGGCAGGCCGAUCUGUCGGACUCGGACGAUGAUGACGGACCCGACAAUGACGACGCAUGGCUGUUUGAGGAUCUCAACAUCCUUAUGAAGCUCAUGAUGAGAAAGAAGGAAAAGGAGGCCAUGAUCUCGCUGAUCUUUGAGGGCGUCACCGCCGAGCUCCUCAAGGACAUCAUCACGAUCUUCUACUCUCCGCUUGCGCAGGUUUACAAGGCUGCGAGCAUCGCCGAUUCGCUCGGCGAUCUUCAGGCUUUUAUCAAUGACAUGAUCCGCACCGUCGAGCAGGUAGAGGAGCUCUCUCAGGAAGACCCCCAGCGCACAGUCCAGACCUUCAUAGACCUGGUGCAGCGCCAUGAGCAAGCGUUCUACACGUUUGUUCACAACGUGCACUCCAAGGGCCAGGGGCUAUUCGAGAGUCUCAUGGGCUGGAUCGAGCUGUUCCUCAGCUAUGCGCGGGACGGCCUCCCCCAACCUUUCGAUCUUGAGAUCCUGUUGCCGCACGGCGGCCCGGAGCGUGUGGCGAUCAUGCGCGAAGUCGACGAGCUUGCGCAGUACCAUUACCGGCUCAAAGUCGCGCACGAGGAGAAAGUGCGCAAGCGUUUUGCGGGCGGCGCAGGCGCAGACCAGCAGACGAUGGAGGAGGCAGCGCUGGUCGACUCUGUGCUGCAGUCCUUGAGUAUAGGUGACACGAUCAUGGGGAGCGCGGGCGAGAUUGCCGUGGAGGAGAGCGAGGAAUCGGAAGGCGAGGAUGACACGGACGAGCGGUCCGACUCGAGCUCGGUGCGCUCGAUGCCUCUUUUGGCGCCACCUGGAGUUGCAGCGGCGUGGGCGCCACAGCGGCGUCCCAACCACGGCCACUCGUCCCUGGUACCGCCGGAAGACGCGCGUGCACUCGACGAGGGCCGGCGCUCGCUGCGCAACUCGCUCGAUGUCGUCCGGGACAAGGUGCACUCGCGGUCAUCGUCGCGCUCGAGCGACCGGCCGCCCCCUCCUCCACCUCCAAAGGAGAAGAGAAAGGCCGGUCCGCGUCGCAAGAGGACGAAGGGCCGGCGGACAGAAGUCCUCGCGCCGCCCGAGACGCCACACCUCGCCGAGCUGCGGCCUCUGUUCGUCGAGGUCGCGAAGCAGAUGCUGGUGGUCAAGUCGCUAGACUCGACACCAUCACGGUCUGGGGCGUAGAAGAGGCUCUGAGAGAGGCCAGGGAAUGAGCAUGGUCUGGAUGAGCAGAUGGAGAGCUCGGCGAUUACAGUCAUCACAGCGUUAUGCAUAGAUGCCUACUAUGUACUAGUCGCGCCG